AUGCAAAUAUAUCUGUGGAUCAUUGCUGCAUUUCUUGCCACAAUUCUGACUUUAUCAGUGUUGAUCUUAUGCUAUAUUCUAAUUUUGAAGCUAACGAAAAAUCGAUUGCAUACUUCUAAACAUCCCAUUAUCGUUCGGCCGGAAACCACCAAACCGAUUAAUGCAUUUGAUGAAAGCAUCGAAGUGCAUGACGAAAUCUUGAAGCCCUCAGUGAUCACCGUUUUUGAAUAUCCGAAUAAUCAUAAGGCUAAUAUCAAGAAUGUCGAAUCAGAACGAAACCGAGCAUCAAGCAGGAAACCUAAUUGGAUAUCCGACCACUUCGAAAAUAAGGGAUUUCUUGGGCAUCUCAAACAUAAACCGUCAUACAUAUACAUAAUACUAUGCUAUAUAUUUUUCGGUUCACAACAACGAAUUGGUUAUUUUGUGGAUCGAGACCCUCCAUCAAACGAAUCUAAAUGUGAUUACUUGGAUCCACUGGAUUUGAAUCUCAGCCAACUUCAUAAUAUUUACAUCGCUGGAGGCAACCACCACUUGUUAAAGCAAAUGGACACAUUACGAAACAAUGAACCAACGGUGACUACAUAUGCAUAG